AUGUCUGAGUUUGUAAAUAUUGCCAUGGACUCGAAUAAAAAACCCCUCCUCUUUUUAGACAUGAUACUACGUGAUUUUCCGACGGAACCUAUAAAAACCCUGGUGGACUCAGGAGCCACUUCCAAUUUCAUAUCCCCCUCAUUAGUAGAAAAACUGAAAAUACCAAAAACCCAACUCAAAAAUCCACGAGUUGUGAGGAUGCUAGAUGGUACAAUAUCCCAGACUGGUCGCAUAUGGCACCAGGUUCAACUUGCGGUUUCGGCCAAUGGCCACCCACAUACCAUUCCUUUCCUAGUGUGCCCCAUUGGGAACACGCCCGCCAUACUUGGCAUGACAUGGCUCACUCAGGAGUCUCCCCUCAUUGACUGGACCCUAGGCACCGUUACCUUCCCUGAACAAGCACAGAUUGCCUCGGAAGAAGAAGCUGACUCCAACCCCCUAGCGGACCUCCCCUCUCAAUAUCACGAGUUUGCCAAAGUAUUUGGCGAAGAAGAGUUCAAGGUUUUGCCUCCUCACCGGGAUUACGACAUUGCAAUAGACCUUACCCCCGACGCAAAGUUAACUCCAGGCCCCAUAUAUGGAAUGACCAAUGCAGAGUCCAAAGCCCUAAAACAACACAUUGACGAGGAACUGGCAACGGGUAAGAUCCGCCCUAGUACCUCCUCGGCAGGCGCUCCGGUCAUGUUUGUGAAAAAGGCAGAUGGCUCCCUCCAAUUGGUCGUUGAUUAUAGGAAGCUGAAUGAGGUUACCCACAAAAACGUCUAUCCCCUACCAAGACAGGACGACCUCAUGGCAAAACUCAGGCACGCAAAGAUCUUUACCAAGUUGGAUUUACGCUGGGGUUACAACAAUGUACGCAUCAAGGAAGGAGACGAAUGGAAGACGGCCUUUAGAACCAAAUAUGGCCUCUUUGAAUAUCUAGUCAUGCCCUUUGGUCUCACCAAUGCCCCUGCAGCGUUCCAACACUUUAUGAACGAUCUAUUUAGGGACCUGAUUGACGUAACUGUGGUGAUUUACUUAGACGACAUCCUCAUCUUUUCGGAAAAGCCAGAAGACCAUCCAGCCCAUGUCAGGGAGGUACUAUCCCGUCUUAUGAAGAAUCAACUGUUCUGCAAGCUGUCCAAAUGCCAUUUCCACGUGACCACAGUCGACUACCUGGGCAUUGUCAUAUCCCCUACAGGCUUUUCUAUGGAUCAGAAGAAAAUUGAGGCAGUAACGUCAUGGCCACAGCCCAAAACAGUCAAACAAGUCCAAGCGUUCCUAGGGUUCGUAAACUACCUCCGCCAAUUCAUCCCAAAUUUCAGCUCCGUCGCACGACCACUCCACAACCUCACCAGAAAGGAAACCCCCUGGUCAUGGGGUAACCCAGAGGAAGAAGCGUUCCAGGAGUUGAAACGUCUAGUUACCCGGGCACCCGUGCUUAUCCAUUCCAACCCUAGUCUCCCCUACUACCUUGAAACAGACGCGUCAGGAGUAGCCAUGGGAGCAAUCCUUAGUCAAAGAGGGGAGGAUAAUUGCUUACACCCAGUAGCCUAUAUGUCAAAAUCCUUCUCUGGUGCUGAGGCCAAUUACGACACCCAUGACAAGGAACUCCUAGCCGUCAUCAAGGCCCUAGAGGAGUGGCAAUAUUGGAUGCAGGCCAGAACCUUCAAUUGCAGGCACGCCCGAUGGCGCAUAUUCUUAAGCGACUUUAACUUUGAGAUCCACUACCAACCAGGGAAACAGUCGGGUAAACCGGAUGCACUGUCCAGGCGAGCAGACUAUGUUGAUAACCCCUCAGAACCAGAAGUCAUGCUCCCCGCAGAAGUCUUUGCCAACACGUCAGAAGAAGAAUUGGAAAUUGUCAUGGAGAUCCGCACUAAGCUCAGGGAAGACCCAUCCCUUGAACCCAUUAUCCAAUUCCUCACAGAGGACGCAGACAACGCUCCCCCCUCCAUUCGUAAGGCAUAUAGAGAUUAUGACUGGGAAGAAGACCUCCUUUGGUAUCGUGGAAAACUAGUGGUCCCGGACUCAGAACCCUUGAAGGAGCGAUUGUUAAGGGGGUUCCACAACUCACCCCUGGCAGGACACCCUGGGCAACAGAGAACCCUAGAACUCCUGAACCGCAACUACUGGUGGCCAGGAAUGAAGUCAUCUGCUAAGGAAUGGGUAGAAUGCUGCCCUACCUGCCAAGCCAACCGCCGCGCACACGCCCCCGUCAUCUCCCUAAAACCCUUAGAAGUCCCCCCGUUCCCUUUCCAUACAAUAUCCUAUGACUUCAUCACAGGAUUCCCUAAGUCUAACGGGUACGAUGCGAUUCUAGUUGUAAUUGACUCCUUCUCCAAGUUUGGCCACUUCAUUCCAACAACAAAGAAAGUCACAGCCAAGGGCCUAGCAGAUCUAUUCAUCACCCACGUUUGGAAACUACACGGACUACCAGUCAAGACAGUCUCAGACCGCGGAACCACGUUCACAGGGAAAUUUCUAAGGGCACUGUACCAACGCCUUGGGAUCAACCCAGCCUUCUCCUCAGCCUACCACCCGGAGUCGGACGGACAAACGGAAAGAGUGAACCAGUUCAUCGAAUUCUAUCUUAGAUCCUAUGUGGCGGCAGACCAUUCAGACUGGGCAACCUGGUUACCACUAGCAGAAUAUGCUUACAACAACGCUAGACACUCGGCUACCGGGAGAACCCCCUUUGAACUUGUCUAUGGAAGAAGCCCCGUCAUGAGCCCGUCCAACGUGCCGGCUAACGUCCCAGAAGCCGAUCAGGUAGCAGACACCCUGGCAAAGGAAUGGAAAGAGGCGGAAUCCGCACUCAGGAUGACCAAGGAACGUAUGGCAGGGGUAAAAGGAACAAUCCCAGAAUACGUUGUGGGUGAAAAAGUAUGGCUGGAUGGAAAGAAUGUCGAGCUUAGGACCAACUCAAACAAAUUGGACCCUAAACAGCUAGGACCCUUUGAAGUCACAGAAAAAAUUUCCACCCACGCCUACCGCCUCAAGUUGCCGGAAACUCUUAAAAUCCACGAUGUCUUCUACGUGGGCCUAUUGUCCAAGGUCCAUGAGUCCCCAAGUCAGCCGCUCCCUGAACGACCCCCUCCAGAAACAAUUGAGGGGGAAGAAGAAUACGAAGUAGAAAGGAUCAUUGACUCAAAAAGGCAACAAGGCAAAUGGUUUUACCUGAUAAAAUGGAAGGGCUACGGACCAGAAGACAAUUCUUGGGAGCCAGAAGAACUGUUAGAGCACAGCCAGGAAGAAAUCAAACGCUUCAACCAAGCUAGACUCAAAAAGGCUCGUGACGCCGCCAAGAGCCUUUAA